AUGGUGGUGGCAAACAAGGUAGAAGGAGAGAGUGAUGGGCAGCAGAAGGUGAAGAUAACAUGGUUCAAUGGGGAUGGAAUCAAAGCAUACACUUGUGACCAGGAAAAUCCAAGGCAAGUUGAUGACUUGAUCUUCGCUUUGUGCCGAGCAUUCACUCCCCAUUUCCAGUGUCACAGUGAAGGACACGGACACUUUACUCCUGAGGCAGAGAGCCGUCGUCGUGAACAUGUCUACCAAUGGCUUGUUGAGAAUCGCUUUGAGCCUCAAAUGAGUCCCAAUAACCAGGACAUUCAUGUCCUUGGUGAUGUCUUAAUCAUCUCUCCUCCCUAUGUCCCCGAAUCUUGCUAUUCUAAGAAUGAGAUAAUCUUGGAACGUAUCCAGGCACUCUUGCGCAAUUGUCGGAUCUCUAAUGCUGAACAAUAA